UUCGUCGUCGGCUGUCGCGUAACGCGUAGAGUUCCCUUGGAUGACCUGAACUGCACAGCGGGGAGAGGGUAAUUCAGUUUAGAGGACGGGUGAAAAGUUCGAUAUCGACUCGAGCAGGGCUUUUGUUAGUGAGUGAAGUGAGCAGAAAAGAUGGGGAGAUAGUGCUAAAUUUUCAUCAACGGGAAAAACCAACUGAAUAGUGGUGUAGAAUUCGCCGGAUUGUGAAUGAAAAUUCAACCGAAAAUACACGGGAAAUGAACGGGAGUGAUAAUUAAACUGAAAGCAACAAGAUGAAAAGAUGAAAUUUUGUGAUUAGUUCUUGGGAAGAUAAUCGUGAUUUUUACUGAGAAGAUUGCAUUAGUUUUGGUUUAGUUAUUGAAUGAAACCUAGUAGAGUGGGAGCGAGAUAACGAAUAUACGGAAGGAUUUUUCUUCCUGUGAAUCACUCGAAUAGUUUGAAAAGAAUAAAAUAAAUAUGUAUAAUAUACCAGUUGGAAGGUCCUGUUCGUGGAACGGAGGUGGAGGAGCAAACCGUGCAGGUGCUAGCAGCAGCAGGCGACGGAAUCUAAUCAUAUGUGGAAUUGUCUUUUCGCUAAUGUUUACAGUCUGUAACAGCAGUCAAGCGCUAGAAUUCACAAUCGAACCGUCGGAUGUAACACUACCGGAGGGCAGCUCGGUGCUGCUGCAAUGUGCCGGACGGUUGGACCCGAAGAUGCUGCGAGAGGGAAAGAUCGCCCCCAACAUUCGGUGGCGAGGUCCGGAUGGGCAGGAUAUCGGCAUCGUGGGGGAUACCUUUCGGUCACAGCUGGCCAACGGGUCGCUGUACAUCAGCUCGGUUGAGAUGAACCGCGGCUUGACUGGGUUCUAUCACUGUCUGCUUACGGUCGAUGGGAUCGGUACGAUCGUCAGUCGAUCCGCACGGGUUUCGAUUUCCGACAUUCCCGAAAUCAAUCAGGAUUCGCACGAAAUCUAUCUGUACACCGGCCAGACGGCGUACUUCAAGUGUAUGUCCAAUCCGCUGCUGUUCAGUUUGGAAUCCCGCUACCACGUCGAAUGGUACAAAGACGAAUCUCCCCUUCGAAUGGACCUCACCCGGAUGCUGCUGCUGCCCUCGGGAGCGCUGGAAAUCGAUGAAGUUGUCCCGGCGGAUCGGGGGACCUACCAGUGUAACGUCACAUCCGGAACGUUCUCUAGGUUAAGUAGUAAAUCGAACCUAAACAUUAAAUCGACGGCCGGUCAACCGCAAAGCUUCGCGCCGCCUUCGUUCGUGAUAGUGCCACAACCGCAAACCGUCCGGGAGGGGGACACCGUAAUACUGGACUGUGUCGCUAAUGGGAAUCCCAAACCGACCAUCAAGUGGUUGCGAAAUGGAGAAGAAAUUGAUAUGAAUGAUUUGGACUCCCGGUUUCGGAUAAUCGGUACAGGGUCACUGCAGAUCAACUCCAUUCAGGAUACGGAUGCUGGGGAUUAUCAGUGUAGGGCGAGCAAUUCCGAGGAUUCGCUGGAUGCUUCGGCAACGGUGCAGGUGCAGGUUCCUCCGAAGUUCAUUCUCAGUCCGGAGGAUAAGGUAGCGUUCGAAAAGGAGGAGCUGGAGCUUCAGUGUUCGAUACACGGUAAACCUACACCGGUAAUUCAGUGGUUAAAGAAUGGCGAUCUGAUUACUCCGAACGAAUAUAUGCAGAUUGUUAGCGGGCACAAUCUAAAGAUAUUCGGCUUGAUUGGGUCGGACGCGGGAAUGUUCCAGUGCAUUGGCACCAAUCCGGCCGGUAGCGUGCAAGCUGCUGCCCGUCUGGAAAUUGUCGAACCAGGACAACUGAAAAGACAUAAGGGUAAAAAGUACCUUCAAAAUCAGUCGAAAAUGAAAUCUUACGAAAAAUCAAUUCACUCCGAUCCGAAACUGUCGAAAGUUGUGCUGGACAGUUUACUGUCCAAGACAAAAGAAAAGGCUAACAUAAAUCAAAAUAAGUUUCAAUACGAUGAGUAUACUGACGAUGACUAUCUAGAGCACGAGGAAGACCAUGACGAUGACGAAGAGGACGGAAAAAUUUAUGCACUGCGACCGAACGAAGAUCCAAACAAAUUGUACCAAUCGUUGACCGGUUCUCGGUCGGCGGAAGAUGGUGGCGAAAUUGGACAUUUUUCUAACUCAAACUAUCCCAAUGCUGUCACGCGGAAAUAUCCACAAUUGCUGCCAGAUGGAAGUGGAAAACUUGCAGUGCCUCUGCCGGGACCUCCGCGGGAUCUGCAGGCUCAGAUCGUUAAGCCAAGGUUCAUCACACUGAGCUGGUUGGAACCGGUCAAGAACCCCGAUGAAGUUAUCUCCUACUCCGUUUACUAUAAGAUGCACACAAGUGACCGGGAGCGAAAAAUUACCACCAAAUCACGGGACGAACAGGAGGUGAAUAUUCAGUCACUUCUUCCGGGGAAAACAUAUCAAUUUAGGGUGGUGGGAAACAGUAAUCAUGGUUCGGGCGAGUCAUCACAACCAUUGGAAGUACGCACGCAUUCGGAAGACAACGUCGCAGGUCCUCCGCAAAACAUCCGAGGCGAAGCUAUCAGCGAUCGAGAAAUUCAUCUUCAGUGGGAACCUCCGCUGGUAUCAACGGCAGAGAUCUCCAAGUAUCGUGUUUACUACGCUGAGAUCGAUAACGGUAACGAAAUGUAUUCUGAUACCACUUCGACGGAAAUCCUCAUAAACGAACUCAGGCCUUACACUGAGUACACAUUAUACGUGAUGCCUUGGAACCAAAUCGGAAUGGGUGAUCCUUCACUGGAAAUUGUGGUGAAAACCCAUUCGUCAAUUCCUUCGGAACCUCCGUCCAACGUAUCUUUGGAAGCAACUAGUUCGACCUCGGUUACCAUUCGUUGGCAACCGCCUCCGGUUGAGGAUAGAAACGGACAGAUCACCGGCUAUAAAAUUCGCUACAGAAAGAACAAAAAACCUUUGCAAGUGGAAACGACUCCUGCCAACGUCCGCCACUGGGAGCUAAAGGGUCUGGAAAGACUCUCUGCUUAUCAAGUCAAGAUCGCUGCAAUGACAGUCAACGGUUCAGGACCAUUCACCGAGUGGCACCACAUUGAAACGUACGAAAACGAUCUGGACGAAUCGCAAGUUCCCGGCCAACCAGGAUGGAUCAAGACUCGACCCGGUGCCGAAAGUAUAACCGUAGUUUGGGCCCCACCAAUUCACCAGGAGAUCAAAGUUCGCAACUAUAUUCUCGGCUGGGGGAAAGGGAUCCCUGACGAAGACACCACCGACGUUGAAGAGCACAUACGAACGUUCGAAGUGCGUAAUCUAGAGCCCAACACCGAGUACGUAAUAUCUCUUCGAGCCAGGAACAACAUGGGUGAUGGUCCACCAAUCUACGACACGGUACGCACCCGAGAGGAUUCCCCCGUUGAAGCCCCCACUCCGUUGGAAGUCCCAGUCGGAUUGAGAGCCAUUCCCAUGUCUGGAACUUCGAUCGUAGUUUACUGGACGGAUACAACUUUGAGUAAAAGUCAACACGUAACCGAUAACAGACACUACGUGGUGAAAUAUACGCCAACUGCAUCAACACGGUUCCGAUACUACAACACCACGGACCUUAACUGCAUGAUCGGUGAUCUACGACCCAGUACGCAGUACGAAUUUGCCGUCAAAGUAGUCAAAGGUCAACGGCAGUCCGCUUGGUCGAUGUCCGUUAUCAACUCAACUCAUCAAGCUUCACCGGUUUCUCCUCCCCGUGAUCUGGUCGUAUCCUACGACGAGCGGAACCCACUGACAGCGAUUCUGCACUGGCAACCUCCGCGUCACAGCAAUAGCCCUAUCACCGGUUACGUAGUUCUUUACACUACGGAUCACAGCAAGCGGGACCGUGAUUGGAAUGCGGAAGCCGUUGUUGGUGAUAAGACCAGCGCCGAAAUAACCGGUCUGGAACCGCACACAACCUACUACUUCAAGGUUCAAACACGGAAUUCCAAAGGGUACGGCCUCUUCUCGGCGAUGGUCUCACAAACCACCGGAGCCGAGCUGGACUCAAGCGAAAACUUGUCUAUGCCGAACUCGAUGUCACCGGAAAUAAUUUACAUAAUAGUUGGAUUAGCUGCCAUGAUUACUGUGAUAGUGAUCAUUGUCGUGGUUAUGCUAUGCAGGAAGAAACCGGAGGGAACUCCUGAGCAUGCGAAGAAAAGUUAUCAGAAAAACAAUGCCGGAAUUAUCAAGCCACCGGAUUUGUGGAUACACCACGAUCAAAUGGAGCUGAAAAAUAUGGAUAAGAGCCAGCACAGCACCACGCCCGGUUCGGUGGAUGGUGGAGCGUCCAGUAGUGGGGCAAUGACACUACCUCGUUCGGUAGGCGGACACGAAUUCGAUAGCGAAACGCCAAUUUCACAUGUCACGAACUCGCUGGAUAAGCGAAGCUAUGUAGCUGGUUAUACGGGAACAACGACCCCACUUAGUUCCACCAUGGAACGGCCGCAAUAUCCACGCACCCAGUACAAUAUGGCAUCCAGGCCGCACAUAUCUCUCGAUCAGCAAACUCUGUCCCAGCAGAGUUUACUGCAGCAGCCUCCACAGUUACCUCCAGCCAACUCGUUGGUGCAAACCCCGGAAAAUCCAUACACCUACGAAGGAAACUAUAGUAAUCCAAGCGUCACCUAUGCCCCGGGAAUGACGGUAGACGGUCCCAAACGUGGACAGGGUCAUCCGCUGAUGAGUUUCAGUGUGCCUGCACCACCGGCCUCCACGCCUGUGAUUACUAACCAAGGAAAGCACGUACAAACCCCCUCCGUCACGAUACGUCCCCAGAACGCGUCACCGUACAAGAAGCCUUCCCUGUCGACCAGUUCGCUAACGAAUCGGCUGCAAACCGGUCCGGCGGUGCAGCAUUCCACCGACGAAAUACAGCGGCUUGCUCCGUCCACUUCGACCGAGGAGCUGAACCAGGAGAUGGCCAACCUGGAGGGACUGAUGAAGGAUCUGAGUGCAAUAACGGCCAAUGAGUUCGAGUGCUAAUAUUCGGAGCAACCGGGGACGACGGCGGCUGCAUGCGUCCUGAUACUGAGUGAGUGAGUGACCAAGUGAGUAACUGAGUACGAAAAGUAUGCUUGAGGAUGAGAGUGUAUGCGCGAAGAGCUGCGCAAAGAUCCCGGUCUCGUAUCACGGCGAGACAACGGGGUUCUUUAAAAUCAGAAAGUGAUCGAACUAUUAGUCAUUAUUAGUUUAGGAAAGAGCAAAUCGUUUUAUUAAUGCCCUGAUUCUGUAUUCGCUGUACCGGUAAGAAAGCUAACCUAUCUGCGGAAUGCUCUCUUCCCCACCCGUCUAGAGGUAUCGUAAUAAUAAUUUGUCCGAGAAGGAGAUUAUGUGUAGAACUACACCGUGUAGUACAACAGAAAGGGUAAUUCUCCGUCAUUUUACUCCCGCAAGAAUUGUGCUAUCCUUAUUUAUUUAUUUCAAACUGCUUUUAAUCAUAAGUAUAAUAGUAUGUACGCCGUACUAAUGUCCGCCAACCGUUAUAUUUUGGUUGUGACACUUGCUUUUGUCCAUAAAUGAAUGCGCAUACGAGUUAGAUAAGUGACAGAAUUAUUACUGUAAAUACAAAAAAAAAUCUGGUAGAGGUUUCCGGGGACGAACAUAAGCAACUGAUGUUUAUACAUUUAGUAAUUUUUACUGAAGAUAUUGAACUUUUUUGCCGUAUUUGCGGCAGUGGCCAUUUUCUUUGACUUUACAUUUUUGAUACAAUUAUAUUAAACUUAUUCACUGUUGUCAGUAAAUGUAAUUCCAUUCCCAGUGAUUCUAAUUUAAUACGCCCUUAAUUUUAGUCGAAUGAUUUUAGCAAAUUUUACUGAAUAGUAGACAAAACAAUGCAUUUACAUUAAUCGAGAGUGAAUCGCUUCAUACUUUUAAACAGAAUAAAUCAACUACAAACGUGAACAAACAACCAGGGAACAACAAAACUUAAAAACCACUCGUUAGGCGAGUUUAUAUAGGUACACAUUCACAGGUGAGCUGGACGGUUUUGCGUCGGAAUUUGAAGAAGUGAUCAAAGUUCGUCACAAUCCGGAAAGUUCAUUCAACUGCCAUACAAUAACCAUUUACAUGUGAAUAACUAUCAACUUUUUUGUUAGUUUUUUUUUCAUAAUUUCGAAGUGAAUUAUUUCAGUAAGCUAUCGUAACAUCAUGUAUCACCACAUUCAAAACUGUAAUCGUGUUUUCUCGGCACAUCAUUGUUAUAUUGUACACUAUCAUCAGCAAAGUAAUUUCAAGCCUAUCCAUCGUAUGUAAAAAAACAGUCGACGUAAGGCGACACAUAUUACAUCACCUGAAAUAUUGCUUUUUAUCAGAAAUUUGGGAAUUCAUAAUUAAGAUCGCUACAUCAUGCAUAGAAAACAAAAAUCUCAACUAAUCAUCACAAAAAAAACACUCACUCGACUCUCACCGAAUUUACCACUGAAACACAUCCACACACUACACAGUUUCUAAACAAAUCACUAAACCACAGUCACAAUCACACAAAACACAAAAUGCAACCAUAAUCACCUGUUUGUAAAAUAAACUAGGAAUCUGACAAUUUUACGAAUAAUUCCACAACUUUUUAUACGUAUUAUACAAAUUCGAUUUAGUCAUACAGUCAGUCAGAGAAGUGGCAGGGUAAACGUACCGGUUUUUAACCAAAAUGAAUGCCAGGUCGAACAAAGCUGAAACAAAACAUAAAAAACACACGAGAGGACGAAACGAAGCAUAAAUAAGCCUAACUAGUGUUAUAGGGAAAAAAAUAUAUAAAUAUAUUGAACAACAGAAGAAGAAAAAAUCAAACAAUCUCCAAAAGAAAAACCUUUUUAUUGUCUAACAAAUCGAAACGUUGGUUUCUUUUAUACAACACAGAAUAAGAAGAAGCAAACUAAAGUCAUAUAGGAUAUAACAUUUCGGUAUAAAACCCCUUUAUCGAUUGGCUACUACUAGGUACUAGGUAAAAUCAAAUUUUAAAUCAAUCGUAAUUUUCCACAACUUCGCUGUAUUUGUUAUCGAAAUCAAUCAGGUAAGGUAAAGUCGGACGGUACCAUCGGUACGAACCGGUUGCUUCGGAUGGAAAGGAAUAGCAAAGCAACUGGCAAAACGGUAGACGGUAAAGACAAAAAAAAAACAAACAAACACGAGAGUAAAAGUAAACAACAUUGAACAAAACCUAUUAGUGUAUGAUACGAUUUUUGCUACAUAUUGUAUUUGUACAUUGUCUAAGCUGGUACGGUUAAACAAAACGAAACGAAAGAAUCAUAUGUGAAUGAGGUAAUAAAAGU